AUGGCCGGAAUUGUCCACAAGGAGUUUCCUGAGUUGGCCCAGACAGGGCUGAACUACCUGUCAUGGUCCUCGGACUGCGAGAUCUUUCUCCAGGGCAAAACCCUCCUGAGGGCGAUCGGUCAGGGGGCCCAGCUGGCCGUCACUGAUCCCAAGUUCGAGACUGAGAAUGCGCAGGCUCUGCACUUUCUCCGUCAUCACCUGUCACCUACUCUGAAAGAUGAGUAUAUGGCUGAGCGCAGUGCUUCUGGCCUUGGGACCGCUCUUAAGCAGCGGUUUGAGCGGCUGAAGUACACUGUGAAGCCACGUGCGGAGGUAGAGUGGAUCCGUCUGAGGUUUGCAGACUUCAAGACGGUGGCGGAGGCGCAAGACGAGGUUCUCAAAAAGAACUUUGUUGCGCAACCACUUGAGGGGAGUUCUCGCCAGGAGGUGAACGCUCUCAAAGUCCGCAAGCCUCAACAGAAGAAGAGGGGCCGGAAGGGCAAGAAGAAGGGCCCUCACCCCCCUGCCCCGGCUAAGCAGAACAAGCCGGGCAAGGGAGGGCAAAGGCCUCAGGACUGCUUCCGUUGUGGCUCGGUGGAGCAUUUCUCCCGCCAGUGCCGCGCACCACAGGAGGUCGUUGAUGCAUAUAAGGCUCGGAAGGCGCGUGAGACGCACCUCGCCUUGGUUCAGGAGGGAGCUCCACCGGCGCCCAUGGCGGCACCCGUGAUGAUUGCUACUCCCCCUGCUGCGCCUAUAGAGGCGACCCCCGUGGUGCCCAUCGCGGCAGCUUUGGCGGUCUCUACCGAGGCCCACGUCGCCAUGGAGGUUGACCACAUGGCCGCCUCGGCGGCGCCGCCACUAGACAUUGAUGCUGCCUCCAAGAUAAUUUCUGAGGAGGAUCAGCUCACUAGUAUGGAGAUUGCGGCGGAAGUGAAUGGCUUCUUCACCGAGUCCACUUAG